CCUUUCCCCUCCCAGUCAGCUACGUAGUCCUCUUUCGGAAUCAUAAAAACUUCCGGUUGGGGGAGGCGGGUCUAGCUAGAGCUUUCACCUUUCUCAUUGGCCAGGAAAGAUCUUUCCCCCCCCUUUUCCGGCCAGAGAGCCAUUAGGAGGCGGGCCGUGGCGUGGCGACGUGUUUCCGUUGGGAUGCGUAGCAGUGGUAGGCGGAGCGAAGAGUCUAGCUUGGACGGAUCCAGACUGGGUACAGAGUCUUUCCUUCCCAUUCUCCUUUCUCCGUGGAGCUACGGGAAAGAGGCCUUUAGAGCCCAGUCUGCGGCCGCAGUCGCUUCUCCAGCAGGACCCCGGAGCGCGAGGAGGCCAGGCCGAGCCCGGGGAGCGACGGGUCCAGACCGCUCCCAGGGCGAGCAAUCCUGAUUAUGACAUCAUGACCAUCCCCUUGGUGAUGGAGCUCAUCAUUAGGAUGGAAGAAUGAGUCUGAGCAUAACAUACAAGAUGGGUUACUGGGAGCAUGUCAUGAGAGGCACUGAGUGGAGCCGUGAAGGGGCUGGAGCCUUGUGAACAGGGACCCUGCCCCACACCACCUGCCAGGGCCUGGUCUCGGUGAUGAGACAUGGGGUAUGAUGUAGCCCGCUUCCAGGGGGAUGUUGAUGAAGAUCUUAUCUGUCCUAUCUGCAGUGGAGUUCUGGAGGAGCCAGUGCAGGCCCCUCACUGUGAGCACGCCUUCUGCAAUGCCUGCAUCACCCAGUGGUUCUCUCAGCAGCAGACGUGCCCCGUAGACCGAAGUGUAGUGACAGUUGCCCACCUGCGCCCUGUCCCCCGGAUCAUGCGGAACAUGCUGUCAAAGCUACAGAUUGCCUGUGACAACGCUGUGUUUGGCUGCAGUGCCGUUGUGCGGCUGGAUAACCUCAUGUCUCAUCUCAGUGACUGCGAGCACAACCCCAAGCGUCCUGUCACCUGCGAGCAGGGCUGUGGCCUGGAGAUGCCCAAAGAUGAGCUGCCCAACCACAACUGCAUUAAGCAUCUACGCUCAGUGGUACAGCAGCAGCAGACGAGAAUUGCAGAGCUAGAGAAGACAUCCGCUGAGCAUAAGCACCAGCUGGCAGAGCAGAAGCGGGACAUUCAGCUCCUGAAGGCGUACAUGCGUGCUAUCCGCAGUGUUAAUCCCAACCUGCAGAACCUGGAGGAGACCAUUGAAUACAAUGAGAUCCUUGAGUGGGUCAACUCCCUGCAGCCAGCCCGGGUGACCCGCUGGGGCGGCAUGAUCUCCACACCGGACGCUGUGCUGCAAGCGGUCAUCAAGCGCUCUCUGGUGGAAAGUGGCUGCCCAGCCUCCAUAGUCAAUGAGCUAAUUGAAAACGCCCAUGAGCGAAGCUGGCCCCAAGGCCUAGCCACACUAGAGACACGUCAGAUGAAUCGGCGCUACUACGAGAACUACGUAGCCAAACGUAUUCCUGGCAAGCAGGCAGUGGUGGUGAUGGCCUGUGAGAACCAGCACAUGGGCGAUGACAUGGUGCAGGAACCAGGGCUUGUCAUGAUAUUUGCGCACGGCGUGGAGGAAAUCUAGGAAACCACAGCAAGACUAUAAAGCGAGAAGGAAACCUGAAAACCCCAUCACUCCACUGGGCAUGUCCCUCUCACCCCCAGUUGCCUAUAUUCAAGCCCCAGUUUCCUAGUCUCCUGGCACUAAAGUGCCCCAGGGCAUUAGUUUCUUCCUCCCUCAUACCUCUAGCCCCCUGUGCCCAAGAGGGAGAUCCAGAUAUGGAUGCUGUUACUCUUACUUCCUUUCCCCCCA